AAGAAUCCCGAAGCCACGUCGUCGCCGGUUGCCACCCCAUCGGAUUCUCUAUAACCGCCUCGCGUUGGAACGACCGACGGUGGCAGGUGGCGAUUCCGUCCGUCCAUCCAUCCAUCCGACGGUCACCAUUUAAUCCAUCACGCUUCCAUCACCUGCUGCUUUCUCGAACCAUCUAUUUCCGAAUUCCCUCUAUCAUCGUGCUUCACGCACACCGAGAAUCGAGGAAUCCGCAGCUUUCGCGCCUAUAUAUAGGGCAUCCGCUUCUCCCGGCUACGGCGGCAGUUGGUGGAGCUCCGCCGACGGCUGCUGACCACUUGAAACCCUAGGCUCCAACUUAGAUCCAUCCCUCUUCGUCCUAUUGAUGGGAUUCGGAGCGUGCGCCGUGGAGGUCCUUGGAUACCCCAGCUUCGCUGUGGGUUGCCUUGUAGGCUGUCUCUUCCUCGCUCUCUCCUUCCUCUCCGUCCGCCUCCAGUCGUUAGUCCUUGGUGUGCGGCUCCCCGGGAUCCGCCGCAGGAGGAAGCGCCCCGUCAGGGUCUAUAUGGACGGGUGCUUCGACAUGAUGCACUACGGCCACUGCAAUGCCCUGCGCCAGGCUAGGGCACUCGGAGACCAGCUCGUUGUUGGAGUGGUGAGUGAUGACGAAAUCAAGGUGAAUAAGGGGCCGCCUGUCACUCCUCUCCAUGAAAGGAUGAUUAUGGUAGGCGCAGUGAAGUGGGUUGAUGAGGUCAUUCAUGAUGCUCCCUAUGCUAUAACUGAAGAAUUCAUGAAUAAGUUAUUUACUGAAUAUCAGAUAGAUUAUAUUAUCCAUGGGGAUGAUCCUUGUCUGCUGCCAGAUGGUACUGAUGCGUAUGCCCUGGCCAAAAAGGCUGGUCGAUAUAAACAAAUCAAAAGAACUGAAGGAGUAUCUAGCACCGAUAUUGUUGGUCGCAUGCUGCUAUGUGUAAGGGAGAGAUCCCUUGUUGGUAGUAAUCAUUCUUCUUUGCAAAGGCAGUUCAGCCAUGGGCACAACUCGAAAGUUGAUGUUGCAGGAUCUGCUACAGGAACUCGGAUAUCCCAUUUUUUGCCAACAUCUCGGCGAAUAGUGCAAUUUUCUAAUGACAAGGGUCCAGGUCCCAAUGCUCGUAUAAUUUACAUAGAUGGUGCAUUUGAUUUAUUCCAUGCUGGACAUGUGGAGAUACUUCGACUUGCUCGAGAACUUGGAGACUUCCUUCUUGUAGGAAUUCACACAGAUCAAACAGUCAGUGCCACUCAAGGACUCCAUCGUCCAAUAAUGAAUCUCCAUGAGAGAAGCUUGAGUGUUUUGGCAUGCCGUUAUGUAGAUGAAGUGAUAAUUGGUGCACCUUGGGAAAUUUCGAAGGAUAUGAUUACCACAUUUAAUAUCUCAUUGGUUGUUCAUGGAACUAUAGCUGAAAAUAUCGAUUUCUUAAAGGAGGAUUCGAAUCCAUAUGCCGUUCCCAUGGCUAUGGGAAUUUACAAGCAACUAAAGAGCCCUUUGGACAUCACAACUAGUACAAUCAUAAAGAGGAUUGUUUCUAACCAUGAAGCAUAUCAGGCAUGUUCAAAUUACUUUUGAG